GCUCGCCGGGAAGUUGCACCCGACAAGUUGCUGCCAUGUAAGUAACGCUGCGGCCCCGGAGGGCGGGUGGGGCCGCUGGGCGGACGCCGCCUUCUCCGGCACCUCCGAGGAAGCAGAGAACCGGAGCCACCCUGCGCUCCCAGGGUAGCCCGAGCCACCCUGCGCUCCCGGGGUAGCCCAGAAAAGCGUCCAGGGGAGAAAGCACUCAUCUUUGGAAACCAGCUGUGUUUUCGCUGCUGGAAGCGGAAGAGCUGGGUGAGGACUCCAGGGGCGAGGUAGCGGACGAGGGGAGGGCGCGGCGGGCCCCCAGGCUUCCCUGCAGGCUGCGGUUCUGGCGGACACUCCGCGGGGGCUGUUGAGUAGGGCCCAGGACACCGAGGGAGCGGACGCGGGGUCCCGAGGCUGCCCCUGAUUCCGUCGAUCCAUCGCCCGACGGCCGGCCAGGCCAUGUCCAGAGGCCCGGGCUCCGCGGUUCUCCCCGGCGCUCCGGGGUCCCGGAAGCCCGCUCCGCGGAGCCUCAGCUGCCUCUCGGACCUGGACGGCGGCGGAGCCCUGGAGCCGCGGCCCUGCAGGCCCCCCGGGAGCCCGGGCCACGCGCCGCCACCGCCGCCGGCGCCGACUGGCUGCGACCCCCGCCUGCGGCCCAUCAUCCUGCGGCGGGCGCGGUCGCUGCCCAGCUCGCCCGAGCGCCGCCAGAAGGGCGCGGGCGCUCCAGGAGCUGCGUGCCGGCCGGGCUGCAGCGGGCAGCACCGCGUGCGCUUCGCCGACGCGCUGGGCCUGGAGCUGGCACAGGUCAAGGUGUUUAACGCGGGCGACGACCCGUCCGUGCCUCUGCACGUGCUGUCACGACUGGCCAUCAACUCGGACCUGUGCUGUAGCAGCCAGGACCUGGAGUUCACCCUGCAGUGCCUGGUGCCCGACUUCCCGCCGCCCAUGGAAGCCGCCGACUUCACCGAGCGCCUGGGUCGCCAGCUAGUGUGCCUGGAGCGCGUCACCUGCUCGGACCUGGGCGUCAGCGGGACGGUGCGCGUGCGCAACGUGGCCUUCGAGAAGCAGGUGGCAGUGCGGUACACCUUCUCGGACUGGCGCAGCGCGCACGAGGCGGUGGCUAGGUGGCGCGGGCCCGCGGGCGCCGAGGGCACCGAGGACGUCUUCGCCUUUGGCUUCCCGGUGCCGCCCUUCUUGCUGGAGCUCGGCUCCCGAGUGCACUUUGCCCUGCGCUACCGGGUGGCCGGUGCCGAGUACUGGGACAACAACGACGGUCGCGACUACAGCCUCACGUGCCGCGACCACGCGCUGCACAUGCCGCGGGGUGAGUGCGAAGAGAGCUGGAUCCACUUCAUCUGAGCGCCCCCAGGCCCGGGACUGGUGCCUCCGCACACACGCGAGCCGAACCUGCCGUUGCUUCAGAGCCCUGCUCUCAUCGGGGAUGGCCCUACUUCACAGCUCAUCCCCAAACUUUGGUCGUCUGACCCCACGUCCUGUUGCAAGGUGUGCUGGCAGUGAUCCAUCCUGUCUUCUACUCGAAACGUCUGUGUCACUUGGUCUAAAACGUAGCCUCAGCUGCCACGAGGCCGAGCUGUGUCUGUGCUGGGGUGGGGAGCUGGGAGAGUGGAUGCAGGGGCCGGCGGGCGCUCUGAAGAGGAGCAGGCAGGGUGUUUAUGAAAAGGCCUGCAUCCUCCCUCUGGGAAGGCCUGUGGCUUCCGCAUAUAUCCUGAUUGGGUUUCUCUGAAUGUAGUUGUUAUUUAUUAUCAUUGUGAUGUUGGGACCUUUUGCCCUCAAUGGAUGCCUUCUUGGAACGUUCUGGAUUUAAUAAGCUAAAGAAAGUCAGCCUCGCUAUUUGUGCCUAUUGUAGGCAGAAUAUACAGUGUGACCCCCCAUCGUGGUCCCCCAAGGCAUUCCUGCCUCGGGUCAAGGAAAACCUGAGAUCUCACUUGCUUGCCAAUGUCUGUAGGCUUCUAACAGCCGGGAAACUAUUAAUAGGCAAGAAAUUUAUGCCUCAUCAGUCAUCCUACAACCAUUCCUGGGAGUUCAGGCUGCCCUGGUUCGGCUGUGAGUCUCCCACAUCAGCAACUGAGAAGGAGGAAAAUGCUAAAACUGUUAACUAGCAAAACAGCCCUUCUGCAGUCUCUCUUCUCAUUUUGUGUGUUUUUCUUGUGUAUGUUUGAUGAUUACAUAUCUGCAUGUUAUCAGGCCAUUCUGUUUAGGUUUGAACAACCUAAACAUUUGAAGAAAUUCUGCCUUAAGUUAUUUCAGUUUUCAGGCAACUCUAUAGUUUCCGGCCACGAUGCCCUUUGCAAUUACCUGUUUGAUGAUUAAGGUGGCUCUCUUUAUGACUUCUUAAGCAUCAAAGUUUCCAGCAGUCAUCUUUUAGAAGUUAUCUUACCAAGUGGAACUAACAGGUGUUUUCAGCGAUAGCCAGAGCACUGGAGGGAAAAGAAGACACCAAUAUUUAUACUUUUGAAAUUGUUUUCGAUUCUAUUUAUAUAUGCCUGCUUUUAUUAGCUACCUGCCAGCUUUAUUCUUUGUGCCUUCAGACAGAAAAGUUUAUGACAUUGUCUGGACUUGUUUUCCAGUUUUUAAAUGUUAAGUGCUUUAAAAAAAAAAAAAACCCUCCAACCAAGAA